AUGGCGAUCUCGAUCAUCAAACCGUCGUGGGUCGUGCACCCCGACGAGACGCGUACGGACCUCCGCCCGACGACGAUCUACACGCUCUCGAUCCACCCCGAUCGAUCGAGGCUCGCCACCGGUGGACUCGAUACCAAGAUCAGACUAUGGUCCACGCUAGGCGUCGUCGACGAACGCGUCGAGAGGGACGAGAGGUGUCCCAAGUUGUUGAGCACGUUGCUCAGUCAUUCGGGUACGUCCCAUUUCCCGGAGGAAGGAGCGAGCGCGCGAGCGGAGUGAAGGUCCUGAUCGGUAAAGCCGUUCUCGUCCGCGUACAAGGGGUGGUCAUGUGCGUCAGGUGGAGUCAUGAUGGGAGGUACUUGGCCAGUGGGUCCGAUGACAAGAUUGUCAUGAUUUGGAGUUUGGAGCAGUGAGUUCACAGGCGGAGCACGCUGCACGUCACGCGAGGGUGAGCAGCUGUGAGGAGCCAAACAGUGACCGAGACAACCCAUCACCUUCUUCAACUACAGGGGAAAGGGUGGAAAGGUGUGGGGCACCGAUCAGGUCAACAUCGAAAACUGGAAGGCCGUACGCCGACUCGUCGGUCAUGAUUCGGGUCCGUCCUUGCUGCGACUCGGAGGGCAGGAGAGCCUCAGACGCGUGUUGGGAGAUACAACUGCUGAUCGUGUUCAACGUGGUCGGCAUUCGUCUCGCAGACGUCGCCGGCGUCGCGUGGAGUCCAAACGACGAAUACGUCGCCUCCGUCGGACUCGACAGUUCGGCCUACGUCUACAGCGGUAAAACCUUUGGUGAGCCCAUCAGAGCCUGCCUCGAGGGCCAUAUUCAACGACAACGGGGCUGAUAUGAUCCAUUCGCGCACGGCCAGAACGCAUCGCUCGCCUCGACGGUCACAUGGGUUUCGUCAAGGGCCUCGUCUUUGACCCCGUAGGGCAAUACCUCGCGACCCAGGUCCGUUCCCGCCCUUCUGAAAGCGCCGAGGCGGCGAUCGGUGAUAGAGCCGGAUCCUUAACGACGUUGUCCCCGAUUGAACCCUACAGUCCGACGAUGGCUCGGCCAAGAUUUGGCGUACGAGCGAUUGGCGCCUCCACACCAGCAUCGAAGACGUGUUCGUCCAAGCGCCGAAAACCAACAUCAACCGUCCAUCGUGAGUCAGCCGAAGUAUUCUCCAUGUCGGGUUUUCAAUUGACUGAAUCGAUGGCGUAUUGCUCGACGACGAAACCCCAGUUGGUCCCCCGAUGGCUCGCACCUCGUCUUACCCAACGCGACCUCGAACGACGUCUUUGUCGCGGCCGUGAUCGAACGCUCCACCUUCCGCGGUCAAACCUUCAUGGUCGGCCACGGCAACAUCGUCGAAUGCAGCGCGUUCAACCCUCACGUGUUCCUAAGGGAUCCAAAACUUCCAGCGGAGAGUAACAAUUUUUGUUCGGUACUGGCCUUGUGCGCGAGAAGUACACUCUCCCUUUGGAUCACCUCCAAAUCCGAACCGGUGAUCGUCUUUGAGCAAAUCUUCGAAAGGGACAUCUUGGACCUGUCCUGGUCCAAAGAUGGCCAACAACUUUGGGCUUGUUCUUCGGAAGGUCAUGUCGCCGUUUUCGAAUUCGAUCUGGACGAGAUCGCGACCGUUUGUCCGGUCGAGGCAAAGGAAAAAUUUUGGACGGACCUUUAUGGAACGAACGUACCUGCGCUCAAGGGGGCGGCCGCCGUUUUGGAGGCGCAGAAAUUGAUGGCGGUUGAUUCGUUCGUACCGAUGAGGAAUGGGACGAUGUUGCACGGAAUUGGAGCAACGACGACGACGAGUGUUAAUACGUUGGUGGCGAGGAAGGGACCGGGUGCGAAGAGGGUCGUACCGAGGGCGCAGCAGAUCGGGCAGGUUCAAGUGGGGGGGAACCCAUUCGCUUCGGCACCGGUCAUGCAGGCCCCUUUGGGAGCUCAUCAGAUGAUGAUGCAGCAACCAGCAACCCUUCCCAUGGUUCAGCAAGUGCCGCAACGAGCGGUCUUGCAGAAUGGGAUGCAGACAAUCGCGCAGACGUGGCCUCAACAACAACAACAGGUGCACCAACCGAUCGGCUUCCCUCAUCCUCAAGAACAAAACCCAGCAGCAUACACGUACGUCGUGCCGAACCAACUACAACCGCACUAUACUUCGCAUGCGCCUUCGUCAUCGUCCUUCCCGAACCAAGGUCAAGGGUCAGCACGACGAUCGUUGGAAGCGAUGGAGAUUGAUCACGUCGAGAGAGGUCGACCGCUGCCUGGUCAGGGGUACGGUGACCAUCUGCGGUUGUCCGAAGCGGAGUAUAGGACUCAGGGAAGGACCGUCGGAGGAGGGAGGAGCGCGGUAGAGAGGCAGGAAUUGAGGGAGUUGAGACCGGCUUAUGCGCCUGUCGUUGGCGCGCAGGCUAGGAGUUUGACGUUUGGGAUUUCGAAUCGGCCUGAUGGGAAGGGGGAAAGGGCCUUGGCGAUACCGGCGGUUAAAACGUUCGGGGAGCAGAGGAUUACCGAGCAAGGCGAUCGGUUGCAGGUCCGUAAUUUUGGGGAAGGGGAGAGGAAAGGAUCGAGCGAGGUGUGCGUGGUCCUCUCGGCGUCGUGCGAGAACGGGAAGGAACAAGAUGCGCAAGAGAAGACGCUCUGGAUCGAUUAUCAUCCUUCCUUCAUCGUAUCCUCGACCGGAUCACCACUAUUCUCGGCCGUUUCACUCGAGGACGAAUCCCUCGUCGUCUACUCACCAGCGGGAAGGAGGCUCUGGCCCGUCGUCGUACUCGAUUCGCCGUGCGCUUUCUUGUGUGCCGAGGGGAAGUGGUUGAUGGUUGUUACGGCGAAGGGAACGUUGGGUGUUUGGGAUGUACCGAGACGCAAGGUGGGGCUGGAGAUGAGGUCCAUCGAAGCGCUUUUGACGUCGGGGGUGGAUGCAGAAGGAGCUGGCCGGAAGGGGACGACAUCGACGACGAUCACUACAGCGGCGUUGUUACCGAAUGGGACUCCGGUGGUCGCGCUUUCGUCGGGGGUCACGUGUUCGUUCGAUAGGGCGUUGGGCGUGUGGGUUCGUGUUGGGGAGAAGGGGUGGAAGAACGGGUCCGAGUUGUGGGGCUGUAUCACGGAGGAGGACGAGGUGGAUGGCGCGGUCGGGAGGGUCGAGACAGCGAUUCGGGAAGCUGCGGGAGCGGACACUUCUGAAGCUGAAGGGGACGAAGAUGACGAGGAAGGCAAAAGUCCGAUCGCACCCGAUUCGGACGUCGAACGAUCCUCGAAGAAACGCAAGCUCUCGCCAACCCUUUCCGGCGAUCCUUCGGCACCUCAAGGCGAACAAAAUGACUUUGGACUCUCGCGUACGUUGGCGCAUGCGGAAGCGAGGAUCGAAGCUUCGGUUGCGCUCGACUCGCCGCAGGAAUAUAGCCUUUUCAUGAGGCGGUAUUGUGAGCGGUUGGGCAAAGCGGGCAUUUUAGGACGGGUGGAGGAGGUCAUUAGGUCAUUGUUGGGGCCGGUGUAUUAGUGAGUUUCGAGUUCGCUCCCCCCCCCCCCUUCGAAAAAAAGGCAGGUUCUGAUGAUGAGCUUUUGAACUUUGGCGCACAGCCAACCCUCGAGUUCGGAAACAAAGUGGGAUCCCAAGGUGCUUUCGUUCAACAAACGCGAUAUUCUGCGGGAGGUCGUCUUACCCGAGUUGAGUAAGCACGAGACGUGUAAGAAGUUGGUGGAGGAGUACGGAGCGUUGUUGAAGAAGAUCGAGGGAUGA